CAUCUUUAGAGGGAAGAUUAAUGAAAACAUGGUGCGUAAAAUGGACUUCCAUACAGUGUACAGAUAUAUCGGCCAGUUUUGCCUCAUCAUACAGAUAGUUUGGGGUUUAGACGAGGUGACAUUUGUGAAUCCUCCAGUGGAAGCUCUGCCCGACUAUAAACUGGAAAUACUUUACUCAUGUGAUCAACCUGCUACAAUACAGCUGGACUGUGUUGUAUAUUUUGAAAUGGGCACAAUCUCCACAUUAUUGUUAACACAGUGGACUUGUGUCCCUGGUGACCCAGAUAUAAGGACCAUGAAACUGAACUUGCCAGACUGGUUGGUGUAUCAAGCAGAUGGAAUUGUUCCAGAGCCUGCCGGGGUGCUGAGUUGUAUCCUACAAGCCUCAGUUAGAUACGAAGGAUUUGAUGAUAACAAGAGGCCUAUCACCGCUAAGGAUGUGGCAGCUUUGCAGCUUAAGCCCUUCUUCAGUCGACCUGUCAAACAGCAUCAGCUCUGUAUUGCCUGGAGCAAACAAAUGCUACAAUUAUCUGAAGAGUUUUUACAAAAGCAGUGCCCUUGUGAACAAGAAACGGUGCAUUUACUGUCCACAAUUUAUGCCUCAACUGGAGAAACAUUUGGAGUCACAAAGACACUGGACCCCUUCAGGAAUGAGCUUCUGGAAUACCAGCGCCUUAAAGCCAUCUCUUUUCCAUGGUGUACAUUUUCCAUCUGGAUUUUUGUGACAAGUUACUGCCAGGAAAGUGUGUGUGGUGUAUUUCAUCAUAUAGAUUCUCUCGAUAACUAUGCCACACCAACACUUUUGCUCACAAAUUCAGGUCAGCUUCACAUACAGAUAAGUGGAGAGGCAGAGGAAUCGUCUGCAUUUCUUUCCUCGUUCAAGGUGCCUUUGCAUGAGUGGUGUCAGCUUGGUGUGAUGUUGCAAGGCAGAGCUGUGACUAUCUCCAUGACGUGCAUAGAUAAAGAACAAAGAACAAUCAAAUUUACAGAGUAUAUGUUGAGACAUGCUGCUGUGUUUGAUGACACAGAGGGGUAUUUUGUGAUAGGUGGAGGGAAAUAUAUAAAAAGUGCAGAGGGAUAUUUUGGACCAGUGGUAUAUUACCGUAACAGAGCAUCAUCCCACGUCAAGUCUGAUGUUAUUCCAGAUGUUAUUAAGAAGGUGAACUUGACUGGAUGGCUGCAGACCUGUGAAGAGUUUCGUUUUGACAUGACACUUAAGAUCGGUGGUUUUUCCCUCAAGGCCAAACAGGAAACAGAGUCUGAGACUUGUUUUGAUGCUCUUCAUAAGUGGAUGUUAAAGAGGAAAAUACCGACAAAUCAUUUGUGUGAGCUGUGGGAGGAAGCUGCCCCUCACAGAAGACAAGCUGCUGAACUGGCCAAGUUAUUAGUUUUCAAAAAUGGAAAAGCAGUAAGCCUGCCGGCUCUUGGCAGAGCUCUAUACUCCUUAUCACUUCAUAAGCUGAGCAGAGCAAGCAGCACUGCAGUGGUCAGCAGAAUCUUACCACUGCUUCUCCAAGCUGGCUGCCUCGCUGAUAAUCAAGCUUUGCACAUGUCAUCUGUGCUCCUUAGCACUGGACUGGGAGUCCAGAAACAGCACAAUAAGGCUUGGCUCCUUGCUCUGCUCGCUGCUCAAAAGGAUGACCGGCUGUCACUUCUACAUCUUGGGUACCUCCACCACCAGGGACUCCAUGGUCUCCCCAGAGACCCAGAUCUGGCCUGUGCCUAUUAUGCAAAUAUUGCAAAACAAACAAUUAUAGACCGUCAUAACCCUACCCCGAAUCAGACAUUUGUUGAGGCCAUUUAUUUGAACGAUGAUGAGAAAUUGAACCUUCAGACCAAUAAAGACCAUCACAUCUUUCAGUGGCUUAAACUGCAGGCAAGCAGGGGAGCAGUUGAGGCUGAGCAAUCUCUGGCACGCAUGCUGUUUUGGGGUCAGCAAGGAUUGUCUCCAAACAUAGAGGAGGCUGUGAAGCACUACAGAAGGGGAGCAGUCCAAUUAGAGGACCCAGUGUCAAUGUAUGACUAUGGAAUAGUACUUCUUCAGGGACAUGGCGUUGAGAAGGACAUCCCAAAAGCUGUUACAUUCCUGAAGAAAGCUAUGGAACAGGAUUUUGUCCCUGCCAUCAAUGCCCUGGCUUGGUACUACGAACAGUUUGAACAUGACUACAAUCAAGCAGUGCAGUUGUGGGAAAAAGCAGAUCUCCUUGAAAGCCCAGAUGCAGCUUUCAAUCUUGGUGUCAUGUACUCUGGGGGUUUGUAUCCAGGAGAACCCGCCAACCAGUAUAUGGCCUAUAAGUACUAUCUGAAGUCUGCAGAAAGAGCACACGUCAAGGGAGCAGUUCAACUUGCUGAAAUCUGGACCACUGGGAUACCUGGCUAUGUCAAAAGAUACCCUUCAGAUGCUGCUUUGUGGGUUAAGUGGGCAGCAGAGCACAACGGUUACUUGGGAAGCAUCUUGCAGAAAGCACUGGAUUCCUAUCUCAAGAGUGACAUGUUAAUUUCAUUGUUAUAUUACAUGAUGGUGGCUGAAUCUGGAUAUGCACCUGCACAGUUUAAUGUGGCAUACAUUUGUGAGCAAAAUGUGGGAGGUUUUCUUGAUCCUGCUGAUGCUGCACGCUGUAUGUGGAGAUAUUACAACCUCACAAUCCAAAGUCAAAAUCCUGACACUUAUGCCUUUAUUAAGAUGGGUGACCUGUUGUAUGAAGGGUGUGAUAGCAGGCAGAAAGAUUUAAUUUCUGCAGCACAGAUGUACACCAUGGCAGCACUGAGGAACAAUCCACAGGGAUGGUAUAACCUUGCUCUGCUCUCUGAGGAUGGUUUCAGGCUUCCUCUCUCUAUACUGAUUGAGCUCGGCCUAUCAGAGUUAUAUCUGGCAGACAACAAUUUGCUUUUAAAUGCUUUUUACAAAAGAUGCAGAGACUCUGGCGACACAGAUUCAUACUUGCCUUGCAGCCUUGCCCUCUAUAAUGUAUUUCUACAAUCGUUCCAUAAGGAUUAUAGUGCCGCUAUUAAGUUCUCCACCACUGCUGCUGUGGUUGCGGCUCCAACAAUGUUCAUCCUUGGUGUGCUAAGAAGACGUGCUUUGUCUGUUAACUAGAACCAAGACUCUUGUUCAAAAUAAACUGAGGAGACAAAGAGAAGAUUUAACCAACAUCACAGUUUAUAGAUGCAGCCACAUAGAAUGGCUGGUUUUGUCUUGCAUGGGUCAGUCACUUACCUGCUGAAAGUCUGGAAGGUCUAUGGCUGUUCAUAGUGGCUGCAUGUGCUUACACAUACUACUAUUUCAUCACAUGACUCUUCUAAAUAAGAAUGACAUGUAAUAAUAUUUUUGGGACAUUAUUAAACAGUAAAAGACCUCAGAAUAAUGGGAACUUUCAAUGAAUAGCUUACAGAUCUUAGCUUCGGGUUCACUAUAGAGUAUAUAAACAGAUGAGUGGAUCAUCUGGAAGAGGCCUGGAAGUUUGAAGGGUCUGCACAGCACCUAAACUGCUCCUGAGCUUCACUUUUCUUGGCAGAGAACUCAGAUAUAAUACCUGGAAUUUGCUGGAGCUACUUUCCCUGUUUCACAGUUCAGUGACCAAUUUGGAUCUGAUCUUCAACAUUUGCUCUGACUGUUCUGUCCUUCAGCACUUGUCUCAGUCUUCUCACAUCUGAAACUAUUGUAGGUAUAGCAGUCCCCACCGAUACUGGUUGUACUUGGGUAUUUCAAUUAGAAGCAGGAGUGCUGCUCAUGUGUCACUAUAAACAUAAAAUAAGAGUUUGUCUCAUUUCAAAAGUUGUGUCUAAAUUUCUCAUUGUGUCAAGAAAUAAAUCUGUCUAAUCAAAUAAAUGUGCAAAUGUCUCAAACUGGGAUCAGAUAAAAAGUAAGGGAAAAGACAAAUG